AUGCGUGGCCGUGUGUUACCCAGCGGCGAGGUGGUUCUGGGAGGAAUUAAGGACUACGUAAGUGACAUCAAGAGAUGUCGGCGGCUAAUUAUGGUAGCUUGUGGUACUUCUUAUAACUCAGCCAUAGCUUGCCGUCAAAUUCUCGAAGAGCUUUCCGAGUUGCCUGUGGUCUUAGAGUUGGCUUCAGAUUUCUUAGACAGAAAAACACCCAUAUUUCGUGAUGACGUAUGCAUAUUUAUUUCACAAAGUGGCGAAACUGCUGAUACUCUCAUGGCAUUGAGGUACUGUAAACCUCGCGGAGCUCUGCUGAUCGGCGUUACAAACACUGUAGGAUCAUCCAUCUGUCGAGAAUCGCAUUGUGGAAUUCACAUUAAUGCUGGACCUGAGAUUGGAGUAGCUUCCACGAAGGCUUACACAUCACAAAUUCUUGCACUGUUGAUGUUUGCGCUAGUCCUGUCAGAUGAUCAGCUUAUCCAAGAAGUUCUAAAUCUGGACAAUGAAGCCCUAAAAAUUGCUAACGAAAUUUACAAAGAAAAAUCACUUCUUGUUAUGGGUAGAGGCUUUAAUUUCGCUACCUGCCUUGAGGGAGCCCUAAAGAUAAAGGAACUGUCUUAUAUGCACUGUGAGGGAAUAAUGUCUGGAGAGCUGAAACAUGGUCCGUUGGCAAUGGUAGACGAAAAUCUGCGCAUAUGUAUGGUUAUCUGUAAUGAUUCUGUUUAUAAGAAAUCUCUAAACGCUUUACAACAAGUAGUCGCUCGUGGCGGUGCGCCUAUCAUUAUUGCUGAUGAUUCUGUUCCAGAAAAGGAUUUGGCGGGUAUGAAACACGUCUUGAGGGUCCCUAAGACCGUAGAUUGUGUGCAGAACAUUUUGACGGUUAUCCCAUUGCAAUUGCUAUCGUACCACAUUGCCGAGCUCAAUGGACAAAAUGUUGAUCGCCCACGAAAUUUGGCCAAAUCCGUAACGGUUGAGUGA